UGGAAUCGUAUGUUUUUUCCCAUUUUAUUAGACAUACUUAAGGCGAAACUAAGAAGGUUGAUUUUCUACAUCUCUUGGUGUGGUAUAUGAAUAUGUGGUAUAUGAAAUGGAAUUGUAUUCCUUUUAUCAAAGCACAUUAAAAAAACAGUUACAUGGAAAUUCAUUCGAAGGAUAUAAUACAAUAACAAUAAACGUUUAUUCAUGAAGCUUCUACAUGACAGACCGGAAAUUAAUCGGUCAUAAACAAUAAUAGUGCGUUGGAUGUACAAUUACAAAUGUAUAACGAUCGCGGUGCGGCGCCAGUAUGCGUAAGGUAAGUCGAACGAAGAGCCGUGGCUGCUCGCUGGUAGCCGUCGUCACACAGCGCUGGCUGCGACACUCUGGCCGACUGCUGGUCCGCGGCGAAGCGUGGACCUGCCUGCAAUCCCAUCCGCGAUUAAUCGCACGCGAAUACGGCGAUCGCGACGUGCCGGCAAACGGCGGGCCAUUGGCGGACAGCUGGAAGACUGCCGAUCGAUAGGGAGAGAUCGCCCCCGAGCAGCCCUCGCGGGGCGCUGGACGACAUGUCUGCUCGAUCGCACCCCGAGGAUCCGAGAUCGAACGGCGAGCAGAGGCGACGGCGCGCAAGCGCUGGCGAUUCGAGCGGGCAGCGCGGCGCGAGUAGCGAGCAGUCGUGGCUCGGCGCGCCCCAGAAGCAGCGGCCCGCGCGCGCGUCGCGCCCGAGCAGAGGAGGACUGCGAGGCCGCGGACGCGCUCCCUCCCCCGCUCCCUCCCCCGCUCCCUCCCCACGCUCGCUCGUCCGCUCGUUAGCGGCACUCACCGAGGGCCGGAGCCAUGGGCAAAGCCAUCGCGAGCCUGAAGGCCGUGAUAACGCGGCUGGUGUUCGCCUGCCAUGGUCUGCUGGCCAUCUGGCAAGUGGCCAGCUCCAAGCGGAACCCGGCGUUCUGGUACCUCGGCUGCCCGAUAAUCCUGCUGUUCUUCGAGGGCACCUUCACGCUCACGAUAAAGGCCAAUCAGGAGUGGAAGUGGUUCUGCCCGUCGGUGUUUCUGUACCUGGGCAGCGUGGUGCCGGCGAUCUGGCUGCUGGAGCUAGACAAGGUGGAGCGCCGGCUGCGCGGCGCCAACGACACGCUCGAGCUGGCGAGUGCCGAGGAGCAACUGGAGCAGCUGCGCCGCAGCCUGGGCGUAAGCGCGAGCGCGAGCGCGGACGCGGGCCCGGCGGCCGAGCGGCGGCCGAGCGACGGCCGAGCGACGAGCGAGCACUGAGCGAGCGCCUGUCCGCAGUUGGACCUGCGGCUGCCGGGCGUGCGCAUCGCGCGCGAGACCUGGGUCACGCUCAUCGAGCAGUUCCUCAUGCUGGUGCUGAUCGUGGGCCGCUGGAUGCUGCCCAAGGGCGAGCUGACGCGCGACCAGCUGAGUCAGCUGCUGCUGGUCUACAUCGGCACGGCCGCCGACAUCAUCGAGUUCUUCGACUCGUUCAAGGAGGAGCGCGUGGCGCGCGAGCGCCUGCUCGUCUACCUCACGCUGGCCAUCUGGUCCUGGUCGCUGCUGCAGUUCACCGUGGUGCUCAGCGCCACCAAGUCGCGGCGCUCGCGGCUGCCCUCGGGCGCGCCGCCGCAGCCCGCGGUCGCGGCGUCGGCUGGCUGCUGCGGCGGCAUCGACCUCUGGGCCGUGGCCGUCAACAUGAUCCUGCAGGACGCGCCCUUCCUCGCCUUCCGCCUCAUCCUCAUCGCGCACUACCGCAUCGUCAGCUACAUGAACGUGUUCUUCACCUGCAAGAACAGCCUGGUCAUCCUGCUGCAGCUGUACCGGCUGCACGUGGUGCGCGGCGAGGCGCGCGCCAGGCGCCGGGCCGAGCGUCGGCGGCGCGGGGCCGCGCGCGACCUCGGGCUGCUCGCGCGGCCCGGCUCCGGGCGCCAGUCCGAACGCCAGUCCGAACGCAGGUAAUUCCGCGCUCGGCGCUCGGCGCCCGCCGCCUCGUCCGGUCCACGCUAACACCAGCCACCGCGCAGACGGCUGCGCCGGCCCCGGCGCGAGCGCGAGCCGCGGUCCUACCGGCAGUCCAGCCCGGCCCCCAGCGACUGCUCGCCCAGCGACAGCGAGCCCCGGUCGGCAGUCGUCGAGGUGGUCAACGCCGCCAUUGCCACUGGUCGGAGCGAGCGCCGGGACGUGGAGUCUGGCAGGUGCCGGGGCAGGAGCGGGCGGCGAGGCGAGGGGCGCGACCGAGGGCGGAGCAGCGAGGAGGAGAGCGAGGACGGCGCGCCGAGCGACAGCGAGUGCGAGCGGCGCCCGAGGUACAGCCGCAGACGCAGGCGGCCCGGCCGGGACUGACGACGACGACGACGAGGACGACGACGACGACGCCGGCUUGCGAUCGUUGCUCUCUUGUCCAUCUUCCUGGCGAUCUUCGUGACCGUGCUGCUCCUCGUGCACGCUCGCAUCAACGGCGGACUCGUGCUCGUCAGCAAGACGCGCUUCUACUUUUACUCCAAUCGCAGCGCCGUCACGUAGGACGCUCGCCGUUGCCGCGGCCGAAAGAGUGUCAAUGUUUUUCGCAGGCUCCGCCAACUGAUUCGCCAUUGCUGCAUUGCGUACCACCGUGAACAUUCGCAAACCAACGUCCACACGAUUGUUCGCUCGAGAGCUCCGUUGGAAAUGUACUAGUAGCGAUUGAUCGAACGCUCACUUGUAAUAGUGCUCGCAAUAAAGCCUUUGAAAAUAGUAGCGAAUUACAGCAGGCCUAGCGUCAGCUGAGAUUUUUAGGCUCCUCGAGCGCGUCUAUGCUGCCAUCGGCGCCGAAGUUUUGAAAAUAGCGGACCAAGUCGAUGGCCGAGGCGACUGCAGUUGGCAAAAAGGAGGACAAGGAUUACCGGUGCGUCCGGGCGACGUGCGUGCCGA